GCUCCGCAGAGUCUGGCAGUUUACUCUCAGUCGGAGCCAUGGCGACAGCAACCCAAUAUUUCCCGCGGAAUAGCUUGCCUUCUACCCCCUUAAUGCACCCCGACUCGGACCGGAUGCACCAGGGGACGACCUACCGAGAGGUGCAGAAGAUGAUGCACCCCGAGUACCUGCAAGGGCUGGGGCACCACCCCAUGAGCCUGACGCACCAGUGGCCCUCCAACAUCGACUGGACCAGUGGCACUCACAUCGGCCAGCUGGAGCAGCACAACAAAGCCAGCGUGGGACAGGGGGGCCGGGAUGACCAGGGAAACAACGGCUUCCACCACAGAUCGCACCCAGUCCAGCAGCAGACACAGAACAACCACCAAUGGGCCCCCACCACCACGCACCACUUGUCCCCCCUCUCGCCCGCGUCCAACGGUCACCAGUCACUGGUGUACUCGCAGGGGAGCUAUGCGAACCUCAGCAUGCUGAGCCCACAGCCCGCAUCCCUGCACCACAUGCAGCGGGAUCCGCUCCUCGAUGACACGGGUAGCCAUGACAACCCCAUGGAGUCGCCCCAACAGCCGUUCGGCCACCACCCGGACCACUCGGACGAGGACGCUCCCAGCUCAGACGACCUAGAGCAGUUCGCCAAGCAGUUCAAGCAACGGCGCAUCAAGCUGGGCUUCACGCAGGCAGACGUGGGGCUGGCGCUGGGCACCCUGUACGGAAACGUCUUUUCGCAGACCACUAUCUGCCGCUUCGAGGCACUUCAGCUGAGUUUCAAGAACAUGUGCAAACUUAAGCCGCUGUUGAACAAGUGGCUGGAGGAGACGGACUCCAACACGGGCAGCCCCACCAACUUGGACAAGAUCGCGGCGCAGGGCAGAAAAAGGAAGAAGAGGACCUCCAUCGAGGUGGGGGUGAAGGGAGCCCUGGAGAACCAUUUCUUAAAGUGCCCCAAGCCCUCGGCGCACGAGAUCACCACGUUAGCGAGCACUCUGCAGCUGGAGAAGGAGGUCGUGCGUGUUUGGUUUUGCAACAGAAGACAAAAAGAGAAAAGAAUGACGCCAGUGGGGGUCCCUCACCCGUCUAUGGAAGACGUAUAUUCACAGGCGGAGACCCCCCCUCUUCAUCACACGCUACAGAGUCCUGUGCAGUGACUGUUUUCAUGAACAAUGUUGUUGUUUGAGGGGGAAAAAGAAAUACAAUGAGAAAAUGAACUAUGGAUUUUACAGUAUUUAAUUUUCGUUUUAGGUUUCCCAAUGAGAAAAAAGACAAUGCGAGGCAAGCUGAGCAGAAGAGUUCUGUGGUUGGCGACCCGCGACGGUCGGACAGACAACUAAAGUGGACUGGAAUGUUUAUGAGUGUUGCAUAAAUGAUGAGCAUUUAAUUAAAUUUUACGCGCAUUUUUAAAUGAAACCAAGGUCUUAUUUUACCAAAAUUGAGGACUUCAGUCAGGAUGAAAAUAACAUAAUUGAUGCUCCCUCAGCAAGUGUAUCAAGUCAUGCUUUCUCUCUGGAGUGUGAAUGUGGACGGGCUUGUCUGUGCUGUGUACGUCAACAAAGGAGACAGGAUAAGCAGAAUUGCGCCUUUCUACAUUUAAACGUUAUUAAUCAGACUUGAAAAUUGUUAUUGUUUCUUAUCAGUAUAUCAACUGUGAUGUUUUCGUUAUUUUGAAACCGUGCCCCCAUGUAGGAUAUUGGAAAAUAUUUUUCUUUUUUCUAUUCAUGUAUUGCUGUAUGGUAACAAUGCAACUCUUACCCACCCCCUGCAAUAGUGUAGUAGCCUACUUUAAAGCAGUUGUCAGGAUUUCUGACAGAUGGUUCAGUGUUCUUCAACAACAUUACAACAGCUCAAACAUGAACAGGCAACAGGAUCAUUUUUUUUUCUUAUCAAAUAUUUUCAUUUUUAGUCGUCUGACAUAGUUGGACAUGUUUCAGACGUUAAAAGGCAAAGAUGAUAGGCCUAUAGCUUAUUACAUUUCUUUGUGUUUACCUUUUACUUUUGCAUGGAGCACUUAUUUUCAUUUUAGCAUUGUUGUAAUUUUGCAUUUCUAACAAAUGUACAAUUUGUUUUGUUUCUACCCCCUCCCAGCCUUCUCAAUAUCCUGACUUGUUUACACUUUUCAUACCUAUCUCUUUGCGCUUAUAUGGUCGGCAAGGCAUAUUAUUGUGAUUCUCCCAGUAAACCUUUCUAAGGAGAUCGGUCAGAAUCGAAAAAGAAAGAACUUUCUCAGGUAACUUCAGUGCCCUGCUACACAUGGAAUAUAUCUCACACUUUGUAAUAAGAUUCAUCGCCAAAAAAAAAAGUUUUCGCCAAAAUUCCCUGAAAGGCAGCCUGGUGCUUAUUUUGUGUAUUUAGUGAUUUACACCAAAACCACACCGCUCAAACCAAGAGGAAGAUGUCCACGGGACAGGCAGAGAGGUCGAGCUGCGAUAGCCAGUCUUUGCUAUUAUUUCUGUGAAUUGAGGGCAGGGAGGGAUCUUUUACCAAGUUGAGAGUUUUUUCUCUAAUGCCCUCCAGAUUUGUACCCCACAGGAAGCCACUGUAGGAGAAAAGUGCAAAAGUGCUUUGUCACCAAUGACCGUACUAAUGUUUUCAUCAAAAAACAUCAUCAGCUUCAAAGACUCUAAAAGGAAAUAGAUGUCAGGCGUAUUUCGGACAUGUAAAUAUGUUGAAUAAUGUAAACAUAUGUAUUUGUUCUGAGUUCUGUCGUUUUGUUUGUUGGUUUCUUUCUUUAUGGGCAGUUUUGUACACUUACUAAUUACGAGAAGAUAUUUUAAUAUGAUUUCCUUUAUGAAUUUGACCAUUUAUAUAUCUAUAUAUUUAUUUCCUUAAUGUGUUUGGAGCUUGUUUUGUUCGGCUCUGUUAAUUUUGUUGCAGUGAAUACACAUGUUUCGUUUACUACAUUGGUUGUAUGUUGAUUGCAAAAUGUAGACUGCAAAGUCGCAUUUAUAUUUAUGUUAUAGUAAUAUUUUAUUACUUACAUAAAACGUAUAUACUACAAGCAAAGGUCUUUGUCAUCAUUGAAGAAUUACGCAUUUGGUCAUCAUUGAAGAAUUACGCAUUUGGUCAUUCUUUUCACUGUUGUGAAAUAUGUGGGCACGCUGAUGGAAAGGCUGUAUGUUGUAACAGUUAGCAGUAACACAGUUUAGUCCUCUUUUAUCCAUGGGGUCCUUUCACAAUUAAUGAAAACCACUAUGUAAGUCGGACCCAAGUUUAAACAAUGCUGUUGGAAAGCGUAAAAGUGAGAACCAAGAAUUCCAGUAACAUCACCGCAGGCCUUACACCCAUCAUUAUGAGCUGUUCAU